AUGUUCAAGAAGCUGCUCAAAGGUCUUGACUCCACACCCUCGACGCCAAAGAUUGGCAGAAUAGAGCUUCCCGAAGUCGGGGAGGGAGAUGUAUUCUAUAUCUCCACCUCAGAGGCAUCAGCGAUCGGCAAGGAUUGGUCUUCGGAUAGCGAGGACUCGUCUUCACCCCGCUCACCUUUUGGAGCCUGGCGACGGCCAUCGACGCCUCAGCCUGAUAAUUUGAAGACAUGGCGGAAAACUGCUACGCCACAACCUGCAUCACCGCUUAGUCCUCGGCGGGGAUCAUCAUCGUCCCAGUCUGAAGGAUGGAAGCCCAUCAAUAGGACUUCGACACCUCAGCAGGAUAUCAAGGCGGGUUGCAGCAGGACCUCCUCGCCCCAACCGGGAUUAUCACGGUCAACGGAGAGAUGUCCAUCCCCUGCGAGCGUGAAGCCUCCUCGGAAGGGCAUCUUGAAGCCCAUGCCUCCACCAGAACCGGUCACUCUCCACUGGCUGCUGCUCCCAUACGAUCCCGCAAGAUCGAAGAAGUUGAUUUAUUUUGAUAUUGCACAUGAUCCACGUCUCAUACGCGACCACUCGAAUAUGCCGCCAGUGCUCUUGAAGAGUACAGACCUGGAGAAGCUCGCGUCAGAGAUUCCUUUGUCAGAGAUGAGCAUCCGCUGUGCGCAGCUCCCGCAUUGGGAUAUCCACGUAACGCCAUCAGGCCCCGGGGGCAUACGGUGUAAGGAUGUCUAUCGUGCAAUAUACGAGACUUUCCAUCAGCAGUUGUCGCCGAUGGAGAAGGAAUACUAUAUUCCAGCAGAACGCCUCGCUAGAUGCGAGGCAUACUUCCGUAAGCGAUGCAAGGCAUCGCAGACUUUGCGGGGCUUCGAAGAGAAUCAAGGUAUGCGUCGAGUUGACCUGCUGGAAGGGCGGGCGAUAUUCAUGGGUUUGAGACGACCGGUGGAAGCUGACGGUAAACCGGACCAAUAUUGGGUGCUGGAGCUAGGUCUUCCGAAGGGCUCACGUUGA